AUGACAUCAUCUGAAAGCACCGAUAACGUUCCAAUAUGUGUAUCUUGUACAUCCUUAAAAUCUCAAAAUGAAUUUAAAGAUAUCCUGCUUUUCAAAUAUCACAAAAUCUCUCAAGCUCAAGAUGAACUUAUCCAAGCUCAAAGGAACUUGAUCAAAGACUUAUUAAAAAAUCGAUGUACUACUAAUUUUGACUUUAGUUAUGCUACGCCGAUGAUCGGUGAAUUGGACUAUUAUAAUGAAAUUAACUAUGUUAAGUCUAUGAGCAAUGAUAUUCAAAAGAAAACAACGCCUCAGGCAUCCGGUUCAAAUGAUUGGUGUAGAAUUUAUAUCGGUGCAGUUACAGAUGAUAUUGAUGAAGGGACUUUACAACAAUGUCUUGAACGUGCUUUUGGACAAGUUUCUUGGCUAGAAAUUGUCCGUGCUAGGGGACUAUCUAUUCUAAAAGAGAUUGAAAUUCCUUCACAAAAUUGCGCAUUUGCAGAUUUUUGGUAUGCGGAGUCAUUUCACCGUGCACUUGAACAAGGAUAUAUUUACUUGAAUAAUGGUUCACGCGCAAAAAUCAAAAUGGCCACCAAGCCUGUCAAAAGAUUUAAUGGAUGUAAAUAA